CGUCGGGGGUCCGACUAGGGGGUGCGUGUGGGGUGUCUUCCGUCUGACCACAGACGGCUGGGCUCGCAGGCGCCAUCCAGCUGAUAACUGAAUUCAGAGCCUCUGGAGAGGACGAGUAGGUGCUCCGGGGCUGAGGCCCCUGGCCGAGGAAGCCUGCCCGGGGUGAGCAGCAGGCCACCUUACCUCCCCGGGACUCUCAGCUCUGCAGCCCGAAGGCUUGUCCGGUCUCAGGCUGACCCUUUGCAGGAGUACAGCCGGUUCCGCGGCCGGAACUUCCAGCCACAGGGCCUGGAGUCUGCUUUCUCAGUGAGGUGGUUGGAGCCUUCCCAGGAGGGGUGCUGCGGGCUGGGUUCCCAGCUCUCCGGAUGAUGGCCCUUUGGAAGUUGGUUUCCAGAAAGCAGGAUUAAGUGCCCUAGGAGACCUCGUGUAAUCCUUUCCACCUCGUUAUGGGGCUGGUGUCCUUUCUCCAGUUUGCUGAGAUUCAGGAAGGCUUAGUGACUGACCCAACAUCGUAAAACCAAGUGUCAGCUUGAAGGAUGCCCAGGCUGUUUGAUCACACCAGGAUGUCACAGCCUGGGGACCUUGUGCUGACAGAGACCAGGCUGUCUGGGCAUCGUAGGCUCCCCUGUGAUGUUGAGCAGAUCCCUGGCUUCUGCCCACUAGAUCUGGUAGCAACCCCCCCACACCCCUGUCGGAGCAACUGAAAAUGUCUAUGAUCAUUGCCAAGUAUCUCCCCCCCCGGGGGGGGGGGUAAAAUCACCCCCAGCUGAGAACCACUGUGUAAGCAAUUGACAUGUGCUAAGAGCCCAACAGAUGAAAUCUAUGGGAGACUGAAGGCCAGCGUGGGGUUGCAUUUAUGCACAGCUGGCCAGGAAACAGGUCCCACAAGGCCCAUGACAGCCCCCUAAGACUCAGAGAACCCGUGGUCAGGGGGGGAAAGUUCAGGAACUUGCAUUUGGGGAAAAAUAAAGGUGUAUAGGAAAACUUCUGCCUCCUGGAAAUUGAGGAGCUUUUUGGCCUGAGUAGAGAGGGCACUCAUUGCAUCAUUGCCAUGUCUUGGUCAGCUUUGCCUUGCAGAGGGCUCACACUGGGGAUGGGGUUGUCCUUGUGGCUGUUUUGAGAAGUCCCUUCAGUGCCCUGCAGAUGCCAAGCACGGUGGCAGAGGGGGCAGGGGUAUGUCCCCCCCUCUCCAGGCCUGGAGCUCCUGCUUGGGGCUGCUGUACAUCCUUCUCCCUCCUCAGAAAACCGGUGUGGUUGGCUGACCCCCUCCUGCUGCUGCCACCCCAUGCAGCCCCCGCACUGGUAACUGUGCAUCUCCUGCCCAGUUCUCCCCUCCUGCCCUUGUGGUUGGCGGCUUGCCCAGCUCUGUUCCUUCCCCAUGGCCAUUUGGGAUCUGGAGGAGGUGUGGCCAGGCCAGUCGCUGCUGUUUGCAGACACAGUGGAAGAACCUGUUUCUAGUGGGACUGGGGUGGAAGUGAGGAAGGUGGAGGCAGAGGAGGGCUCCCCGGUGCCUGGCUCCCCCUCUCCCCCCAGCCACACCUCUCACCCGGCUGAGUCCACUGCGUUCACCCCAUGCUUCGGGGGCACUGUUCUCACUGAGGGGAACCGGCUCUUAGUCCCUGGAGACGGUGAGGAGGAGACCCCAGGAGUGUCCGUAGCCCCCCACCCCCACCCCUCUGCCUGUGCGGUCUCUGCUGCUCCCUGUCAGGUUGGGGCCUCCUGCAGGGCACGGCCUGCCUGGCUGCCUCUGGGUCUGACCCCUCCAGCUGGGCCAGGCUCCAGGGAGUACUCAAGGUGAACUAUGGAGUGAAUCGAUGAUGUCAGAAUGGCUAGGGUCUGGGGGAGGUGGGACACGUGACCUCCAGGUGACACAGCUCCUGCCAUUGAUUUCUCAGACACAGGUGUGGUGAGACUUCUGGGCAGCAGCACUGAGACGUCAGUGGCCUUGUAGCCCCUGUGUCCCUGGCAAAAGGCCAACCACCCCCCACACCCCCACCCCCGGGGUGGCGAUUCUGGCCCCGAUGCGAGGCAGCUUUGGCAGGGCUUUGGAAGUUAGGUGCGUUCUCCAUCAGGCAGCAGAGGUGGAGUUGGCUGUGUACCUUGUCCUUGUUGCCAGCUCCCUGGUGGUUUCUGGGCCCCUUCUUCCUGAAGGCUGGAGGAUGCUACCAGGGUGACUGAGUUCUGUCCUUGCACGCGCCCAAGUCCCCGUGUAGCCCCUGGUGGGCUUUGGGGUGCAGAAAUGAGUCCCAGAGCCUGUCCUCUAUUUGCUGGCUGAUGGUGGGGGUGGGAGAGCAGGCAGCACUGAUCCUGGGGGCUGUAAGUGCGUUGGAGGGGACAGGAGCUGAUGGGGAAGCUCCCAGGACCGGGAAUUUCUGGGGAACCGACAAGGUGGUUAGGGGGUGAGCCACCUCCCCCCAUAGGACUCAAGGAGAACGAUCAUGCAGUCAUUCCACAAACACGGCCCGGUGCCUGCUGCGUGCCUGCCUGUUCAGAUGCCGGGGCCAGCCAGGCGUGAUCUAAAGGGCAGCUGCAUAUUGGGGUGCUGUCACUGAAGAAUGGGGCGCACGGGGAGACGCAGAGGGACAGGUCUGUGCUCCUGGGCAGGGCAGUUGAGAGGCGUCUGCCAGGCUUGGGCGAGCGUGAAGGAAGGGCAGGAGGCCGUGGCUGCUGGUGGCUCAGCGUUGGGGUCGGGGACGGCGAGGGCAGAGGCCGGGCUGGGCCAUGUCCACGUUCGAGGAGCGGCGCGGAGGCCGGGCUGGCCCAGUGCGGUGGGCGAGGAGUGACGUGUUCGUUUCUGUUGAGUCCCGAUCGGUUCCAGGAAAGGUCAAGAGGGUCAUUUAGUAUCGGGAGCCAAAGGUGGAGUGGGGUGGCCAGCCAGGGCCCCCCUAGCCGGGGAAAGGGUAGGACGGAAGCUGCCCAGGGGAACUCACUUCUGAGGCCCUGCAGGUCGGGGAGAUCCUGGGCGCAGGGGCCUGGUGGGCGUCGGUUGGCCUCUGGGCAGGCGCUGACGGAAGCUGUGCUGACAUCCCCAACCGCCCCCCCCCCUGGUUUCAGGAAGACCAUCGCCUCCUCCACCACUCGGCUUGGGAACUAUAUUUUCAAAUACAGAAUUCCAGGCCGUGUCUUGACAAUUACGAGUGGGCUUCAGGAGACUACGGGAAUCAGGACUGGGGUUUCCCCACUUUAUUUGUUUUGGCGUAUUAAUCCCCGCCCCCGCCCCCCCCCCCCCCUUUGAGAACAUCAUUGCAAAGCCCUGAUGGGUUUUAGCCACGUUUUGUAGUGACCUCAGCAUCACCCGGGCCACAUGAAUAUCAGCAUUUAUUUCCCAUGGUUAUUACAUGUUGGUUUUUCUCUCUACCUCCGCAUCUCUCCUGCAGCGAAUCCUCCAGAAAGAUGGGGAACAGCAGGAGCCACCUGGGCCAGAAGUUCCGCUCACAGUUUCUCCCCGAGGAGCAGGUGGAAGUCGACAGAUUGUUUGAUGCCCUGUCAUCUGACAGAAGCAGCUCAGACCCCUCUCCCAGGUCCUUUUCUCUGCGGGCACUGAAGAGCCAUGUUGGGGACGCUCUGCCCACAGAGAUGGUCACCAGACUGUACGAUGGCAUGCGGAUGACUGCCCCGACGGGGAAGGCGAAGGGGCCCAGUGAGAACGUCUCCCAGGAGCAGUUCACGAUGUCCCUGUCCUACCUGCUAAAAGGAAACGCCGAGGAGAAGAGUCUCGUGAUUCUCAAAAUGAUUUCUGCUGCAGAAGGUCCUGUGAAAGCAAGAGAAGUCCAAAAGUUUACAGAGGAGCUGGUUGCCUCUGUAGUGCACGUGCUUGACUACAGGCAGGAGCUGUGUGGCUGGACGGGGAAGCAGGCUCCAGGGACCACCUCCACAGCAGAGGUGCUGGCUGCUCAGCUGUUUUCGCAGAUGAAGCUCCAAGGUGGCAGGGAGCCUCUGGGGCCUGAGCAGCUGGACUGGGACUGUGACCAGGCCGCCCUCGAGGACUGGGCGUUCCGGGAGCCCCACGUGUCCGUGUUUCUGCGUGUGGUCGUCUGCGAAGGCCUUCUCCUCCUCUGCUCGUCCCUCCAGCUGGCCAGCCUGAUCCCUGAGCGCACGGUUGACCCGGGGAGGGCGUUUGAGAGCCUCCUGGAUGUCCUGUCGGUCACUUACAUCAACUCCCACCUGCCCAGCGAGCAGCGGCACAGGUGGCACCUGCUCUUCUCGUCUGAGCUGCACGGGCACAGCUUCUCCCAGCUCUGCGGGCGCAUCACACACUGCGGGCCCUGCGUGACUGUCCUUGAGGACCACGACGGCCACAUCUUUGGGGGUUUUGCGUCCUGUUCUUGGGAGGUCAAGCCUCAGUUUCAAGGGACUUCUGCACCGGGAUGGCUCCCCACUGUCACUGUCCACGUAGGAGGCCUGUCCGGUGUCAUCCUGACACCCCCUGCCCUAGCUCACCACCUGGGUCCCCAGGAGGCCACGAGGCCCGCUUCUCCAUGGGGUCUGGGAACUGCCCUCCAACCCUCACAAUGGCCGAUUUCCAGGGGACGGCAAGUGCUUCCUGUUCUCCAUCUCCCCCAGCCUCGGCGUGUACACAGACACGGGCUACAACGACCACUACAUGUACUUGAACCACGGCCAGCAGACGAUUCCAAACGGGCUGGGCAUGGGCGGGCAGCACGGUUACUUUGGGCUGUGGAUCGACGUCGAUUUCGGGAAAGGGCACAGCAGAGCCAAGCCCGCCUGCACCACCUACAACAGUCCGCAGCUGUCGGCCCGGGAGAACUUCCAGUUUGACAGGCUGGAGGUGUGGGCUGUCGGAGACUUCUCAGAGCCACGCCCGGGCAAGGGCAAUAAGAGCAUCCUGGAUGCGGACCCUGAGGCCCAGGCCCUGCUGGAGAUCAGUGGGCGGAGCCGUCACAGCGAAGGGCUCCGGGAGGUGCCGGACCAGGAGUGACCAGGAGUGACCAGGAGUGAGCAGGAGCCUUCCGGAGCAGGAGCCCGCCAGCCUCAGCCACCCCCACACCUCCAUCCAUUUCUCCUCUCCCUCCGAGCGGUGCUGGGCAGCAGCACGCAGAACGGGAGCCCGGCCAACUCGCUCUGAAGUCCUGUGGUCAUCGGGGGUACGCUCCCUCGGAACCUGAAGUGUCAAACUAGCCGCUUAAUUCUCCAGCCCUCGUUCCUGCCUUAUUACUGACGUGCAGACGCUAAGAUGCUUCAGAGCUAGGCCGGAGCAAGUCGUUGCUGGGAGUGUGAGUUCUUGCCGAGUAGGAGGGGGUUUAUCCGGGGGAAGUGAUUGCUCCCCCUACCCCUUUCGGCCCUUGCCCAGGAGUUGUUAUCUUGGACAAGACAAAGGCUUGAGCCACCCCAGUUGGAAAGCUUGCCUCAGUGGUCCACUUGAACCAGUAAACUGGAUGAGGAUCUUGAUGCGUUCUGGCAACAGCUCCCUGUGCCAUGGGAUUUCUGUAUUUACUUUAAAAGCCAGAACAGUACAUCAACGGGGGAACUAGCAACGUGGUCCCACAGAGGCAGGGUCCUCUGUAGGUGUUUAGAAUAAAGCGCCACACCUGCUUUUUCCAAGCUGCCUUACGUUAACCUUCACCGUGAGUAAAUGGGCAUCAGGAGAGCUACAGAGAAGCGCAGGUGCGGUUGUGUUAAUGACGUUCAGGGGCCUAAAGCCAGGAGCCCUCGUGGGGUGCAGCCCCGGCCCCGUCCUGUCAGUUUGCCCCGGGUGACCGCAGGGAUUGGCCUGGGUUACCGAGCUCCAGGCACCAGCGCCCUGCUCACCCCUGCUGUUCCCUCGGGAUGGUGGGACCCACCUGAAACAAAGACCCCGGUCAUCCUGAAGGGCUCAGAAUUAGUGAGUGCAGCCUCAGCACAGGCUGGGCCUCUGAGCAGAGCCGCCAUCUCCCCAUCUGAGGGAGGCUGGAAAAACUGCACACACCCCACGAGUCACCGUCUACCCCGCCAAGGGUUCCCUGCCUACGGGAGCUGCAAGCCCACCUCUGAGACACAGACCUCUCCUUUUUGUCUUUUGCUGUCAACUUUGACCUUUGGCAGAGCUGAUGGAAAUGCAGCCUUUUAGUAUAGGGUUUGCCUUGAUAAUAAGCCAUCAUAAAUGGAGCUCUUUGCAUUUUGCACGUCCUACAUUUUCUACCAGGAACCUCAUCAGACUUCCCAGUUAGCAAUAGCCCUGCCUGAAGCAGAAAGCCUCGUAAAUGAGCCUUCAAAAGAAAAGUGCGUGCUCAGGCAGCACGUGGAGGUCAGAAGCACGACACAGGCAAGGACUUAAGCAUGAUUGAUUUUUUCUUUCCAAAAAGCCAGUUUUUAAUAGCUUCUCAGGUAUAUUAUGUGAUCUUCCUGGCUGAGAGAACACUAGAUAUAGAAUAUUAGAACCCUCAAAUAUUCCUACCAUCAAAGCAUUAGCUCCUGAAUCUUAUUUUGUUUUGGAAUGUUUUUUAAAAAACAGAUAUGCAAUUAAAUACCUCUCUAAUAAAAGUCUGUUGGUAUAUACACUUUUAAAAGGAUUUAUUGCUCCUUCUGUUUGUUUAUGGCUGUCACAGAGUUAUGUUUGUCUGCUUUCAAGUU